AUGGCAUAGAAUGAGAACGAGAUUUAUAGAAGAAUCAAAUUACUAGGAGAAGGUUCAUUUGGAAAGGCAUAUUUAGUAGAAUGUAUUUAAGAUGGAACUCUUUGUGUAAUUAAAUAAGUAGAUUUAAAUUAAAUGAAAGAAGAUGAAAGAAGAGAAACAAUUAAAGAAGCAAGAAUAUUAGAAGCUUUAAGACAUCCUAAUAUAGUUAAAUUUAGAGAAGUGUAUAAAACAAAAAAGGGUAGGUUAUGCAUUGUUAUGGAUUAUGCUGAUGGUGGCGAUUUAAGUAAUAAAAUAAAACAGACAGGAUCAUGUAUGUUUAGUGAAGUAUAGAUUCUUGAUUGGUUCACAUAAAUAUGUUUAGCAAUAAAACAUGUUCAUGAUAGAAAAAUUAUACAUAGAGAUUUAAAAACAUAAAAUAUAUUUCUGACAUAAGAUGGUAUUAUUAAAUUAGGUGAUUUUGGAAUUGCUAGAGUUUUAAAUCACACUAGAGAAAAAUGUAAAACUAUAGUAGGAACUCCGUAUUAUUUAUCUCCUGAAAUUAUUGAGAGUAGAGAUUAUUCAUUUAAAACUGAUAUCUGGUCUUUAGGUAUUAUACUUUAUGAAUUAUGUACUCUUAAACCUCCUUUUAAUGCAGAAUCUUUACAUGGAUUGGCUCUUAAAAUUGUUAGAGGUUAAUAUAACCCUAUUCCUGAUAAGUUUUCAACUAAUAUGAGAUAAUUAAUAUCUUCUUUACUUUAGGUUGAUCCAAAUAGAAGACCUAAUAUUCAUGAAGUCUUAAAAAUGUAUAUUCUAUCAUUUAUUUAUUUAGGCCUAUCAUAGUUAAUAGAAUCAGAAGUGUGUUAUCAGAAAGUAUAAGGAAUGCUGAAUUCUCACAUACUAUUUUACAUAAACAAAACUUUGUUAAUCAUAAUCUCAUUGUUCCAUAUGAUACUGAAUUAAGAAGUGUUUAUUCAUAACCUAACCUUGGUAAAAUUUAAUAAUAAUAACCAAUAUAAUAAUACUAAUAAUAAUAACCAAGUAAUUAUUUAUUGGCAUUUAAUGCUAGAGGAUAACCAUAAAAUAAUUUAUUAAAACAAAAAUAAUUAUAUUAAUAACAUUUACCAUCUGUAAAUAUUUUAUUUAAUUAAUUUAGAAUUAUGAUUACAUAUCUAAACCUGGUUAAUAAAACUAUAAUCCAUACAUGAAUUAUCAAAAAUAUUAAUACAAUAAAUAAUAAUAAUAAUAAUAAUAGUAAUAAUAAUAAUAAUAAUAAUAAUAAAUAUAACCAUUAUAAGUAAAUAAUAGACCUAAUAUUUCACCAUUAAAUCCAUAAAGAAAUGAUAAAUCCCCUUAUUAUGAUGAUAGAUCACCAUUAAGCAAAUCACCCUUUAAUAAAGAUGUUAGAGAUAAAUCUCCAUUUGAAAUAUAGAGAGAAUAAGUUAGAUAAUAAAUUAAAAAAAAUGAAGAAAAAUUUUAAUAGCUAUAAGAAAAUAAACAAAAAUACUUAUAACCUGAUAAGUAUGAAUUACCUAAGUUAUCUAGAGAACCAUAUUCAUAACCAUAAAUACAAUAUAAAUAUUAAAAAUAAUAAUCUGAUCCAGUAUCAGUGAAAGAUCCAAUUAAAUUUGAACAAAUCAAUAAUAAUUAAUAAUAAAAGCAAGAAUAAUAAUAAAAACUAGAUUUGCAAUAAAAAAUAGAAUUACAAUUAUAAUAAUAGACCCCUUCAUCUUAAAGAGAUUAAAAAGAAUAGAGAGAUAGUGUAUAUUAAGCACCUUAAACUGAAAGAAUAUAAGUAGCAUAAUAUAUUUCUUAACCACCUCCUACAUAAUAAUAAUAAUAAUAGGAUAUUAUUUAAAAAACUGAAUCUGUAAAACCUAGUAAAUAAUAAUUAAAAGAAAGUCAAUUAAUUUUACAAGAGAUAAGAGAAAUAAAAAAUGACAAUAAAGAUGAAAGAGAGAAGAUGAAAUAAUUAAUGGAAAUGAAAAGACAAAGAAAUAGCAAUACCUAAUCAGAAAUCCAAGAAGUAAUAAAAGAAGCUUCUAAAAAUUCUGAAGAAUAAGAAAAUGAAGCAUCAUAAUUACUAGCGGAAUUAGAAGAUAUAGUAAUAGCUGCAGAAGGUGGAGAUGUUAAACAUUCUUAAGUUAUUAAUGUAGGUGAUGGUGAUUUAAUUAAUAUGCAAUAAUCAGUAAGAGAAAGUGUAGAUAGAGAAGAUGAUGAUAGUCUAGAAUAAAAAUCUAAUGCAUCAAAUGAAAAUGCAGAAAGAGAAACAUUUUAAGAUGAUGAAGAUAUUGUUUGUGAAACACCUAAAGAAUUGCUUUAUCAAUUACUCUUAAGAUAAAUUGGUUAAGAAUAAUUGAACAAAGCUUUAAAAUAAAUAUAAAAUGCUUACUCAUAAGAUUAUAUCAAUCUCAUGCAAAAUGGUUUAGAUGAAUUAUCCUAAUAUAAAGCACUUAUAUUUAUGUACGAAUGUAUGUGA